GGUUUUUGGCGGAAAAUGUCUGAGGAUAACGAAGAUGAAAACUUGCCAAGUGCUGCUGAGUGUGAAAAAAGAUGUCAGUGUUUUGCAGACAUCACAGGGACUGACACGGCUCUUGCGAUGUUUUAUUUACAGGACAGAAACUGGAAUGUCGAGAUUGCCGUAAAUGCAUUCUUUGAAGAGUCAAACCAAGAUGCAACAGCUCAGAACCAAGGGACAAAAAGAGGGUUAUCAGAGUCUGCCAACCCCGAAGCAUCAUCCAAGCAAAUUAAAUUGGCAGAUGAUGAUCCAGAACCUCACAGGAUUCGACUACUCAGCUGGAACAUUGACGGGCUGGACAUGCCAAGUGCCGAGAAGAGGACCAAGGAAAUCUGUAAUAUCAUCAAAAAAGAAAACCCACAGGCAGUGUUACUUCAAGAGGUGACCCCGGUGACCUUGCCUAUCCUCCAGCAGAAUUGUACUGGUUACCGGGUGAUUUCAGGCGGCUCCUCUGAGUAUUUCACAGCAAUCAUGUUAAAAGAUGGGCAGGUCAUGUUUAAAGGAAAAGAAAUACAGCCAUUUGAGAAUACAGUGAUGAUGAGAAACUUGCUGAGUGUUCAGUGUCAAAUAAAGGGAAAGCCAUUUACAGUGAUGACCUCACAUCUGGAGAGCACCAAGGACUUUGGAGAUGAGAGGAAGAGGCAGCUUAAGCAAUGUUUUGAAGCAGUCAAGGCAGAACCUGCCAGUCAAAAUGUUAUCUUUGGUGGGGACCUAAAUCUUAGGGACAAGGAGCUCUCUGCCAUAGGAGGAAUACCAGGGGGCAUGUGUGAUGUUUGGGAGGCCACCGGAUCCAGAAAGGAGUGUUUAUAUACCUGGGACAUGAUGAGAAAUACCAACUUAGUGUUUGACAAAUUCAAGCCUCGGUGCCGCUUUGAUCGACUUUAUCUGAGACAUUCAAAUCCGGGCACCAUCAAACCAGUGUACUUUGAGCUGAUUGGAUUAGAGAAAGUCAAGUCUUGCGGAAGAUUUCCAAGUGAUCACUGGGGACUGUUGACUCAUUAUGACAUCAUUAAAAUCUAAACUAAAACAA